AUGGUCGACUCAGAGCCUCCAUCUAAGCUCUCCUUGAACGAAGAUGACACCAAGGCCAUAUCCCCGGACGUUCAGCCUCCAACAGAGGAUAUCCAGAGCAAUCCCAUCGAGAAGAAUCCACAAGAUGACGGCGUUGAGUACCUCACUGGAUUAAAGCUCGCUGUUGUUGUUGCCAGUGUUGCGCUCUCCUGCUUUCUUAUGCUUUUGGACAACUUGAUUGUCAGCACUGCAAUUCCGCGCAUCACCGACAGGUUCCAUUCACUUCCAGAUAUUGGUUGGUACGCUAGUGCCUAUAUGUUUGGCAGUGCGGCCCCUCAACUCCUGACAGGCAAGAUAUAUACCCACUUCAACACAAAGUGGACUUAUCUCACCUUCUUUAGUAUCUUCGAGCUUGGUUCUUUGCUCUGCGGGGCGGCUGCCUCCUCGUCUAUGUUCAUAGUUGGGCGUGCUGUAGCUGGCUUCGGCGCUGCAGGAAUAAUAAUUGGCGCACUCACUAUAAUUUCUAGUUGUGUAGCCAAGGAAAGACGUCCAGCUUUGCUGGGCAUGACAAUGGGAUUCAAUCAACUCGGACUGGUAGCUGGACCACUUAUCGGGGGUGCAAUUACAUCCUAUAGUAAUUGGCGUUGGUGCUUCUAUAUAAAUUUACCUGUCGGUGCUGUUGCAGCCGUUGCGAUUAUCCUCCUCCGCAUUCCUCAACAGACGGUCAAACCUCCUGCUAUGACAGUGCUCCGCCAGCUGCAUCAUAAACUAGACCUCAUAGGUUUUGUUUUGUUUGCACCUGCGGUUCUGCAGCUACUCCUAGCCCUCCAAUACGGCGGCAACCAGUUUCUAUGGAACUCCUCACGCGUCAUUGGCCUCUUCUGCGGCUCCGCUGCCACUUUCGUUGUCUGGUUCCUUUGGAAUUGGCGCAAAGGAAAUGGAGCUUUGCUGCCGCCUGCAAUGGUAGGUCGAACCGCUGUCUGGACAUCAGGAGUCUAUCAAGGCCUUCUCAUGUCAGCGAAUUACGGCGGCAUUUAUUUCCUUCCAGUUUAUUUCCAAGCUAUCAAUAAUGCGGGUCCCAUGUUAAGUGGCGUUUAUCUUCUGCCAACUAUCCUGCCCCAAUUGGUCACGGCUGCCUCCUCUGGGUUUAUAAUAUCAAAAAUUGGCUACGUAAUGCCUUUGGCGUUCUUCUGCACAGUCCUCUUAUCGACGGCCAGCGGCUUAUACUCGUUGCUUCAACCUGGCAGUUCAACUGGAGAGUGGGUUGGAUUCCAAAUCAUAGGCGGUAUUGGCUCAGGUGCAGGAUUGCAAGUGGCAGUUAACGCUAUCCAAGCCGUCACGACCGGAGCAGAAUUAUCCUCUGGUAUGGCCUUCAUGGUUUUCGGCCAAUCUCUCACACCCGCUAUUGCUCUUUCAUUGUACAACGUCAUUUUCGAGGCGACUUUAAAGAAGCAGCUGGCGCAAAGAGCACCGGACGUCAAUGCACAAGCCAUCAUCAACGCGGGGGCUACGGGAUACCGCAGCCUUGUACAGCCCAGCGAUUUGAACGCUGUUCUGAAAGCUUACGCUGAUAGCAUUGAUCAUGUAUUUUACCUUGUUGCUGCUCUUGCUGCUCUUGCUGCUUGCUGUGGUGUUUUCGCAUGCGGUAUGGGAUGGAACGAUGUUAGGAAGAAGAAUGCUAUUAAAAAGUAG